AUGCAUUUAGACAUCAGGUAAAGCUGGGAAGUCCCCAACUUUCCACCGAUUCGGAGGAGGAGUGCUUUUAUAAAAUGCUUGUCUUCUGUGGUAAUUAUGAGGCACUUCUAGAUCUGGAAAUUCCGGGGAUGAUAUCACACUAUAAGGAGGAGACGAUAGAUUGGAAAGUGAAAGUAAAAUGUCAAGAGCACACAUUAGUGGGAGCGAGUGCAGUCAGAGCUGUGUCCUUCUAAUGUCUGACUGAUCAGAGAAACGAACCUGCAACCUGCUGGACUCUGGAGACGUUCUUUCUGAAGUGUAAACGUGGAUGGUCACGGCGGCAGCAUGACAUGGGGAUACCUGAACCACCUGCUUCUGCUGGUGUCCCUGACCUUGAUCCACCCGUCAGAGGAACAUUGCGAGAAUUAUUUUGAAAUGGAAACAUGGACAUCCUGGUACCCACUGACAGAUCCACCGGUUGAACUCAUAAGAACCAACAAUUCCAUGCACGGCAUGGAAUGUUCUCUGGAGAGAAUGUGCCUAAAAGAAAAAAAUGAGUGUACUUCUCUGGACAAAAAGUGCGAAAAUGGGGAACCAAAAGUGUGUUACCUUCUGUAUCAUUGCUUUGGUAGACAAACUGUUUCACAGAUAAGUGAAAAGUGUAAAGGGGAAAAGUAUGCAAGUGUACAGAUGCUUCACUUCAUGUGCUGGUUGGCCAUAGCAGCAGAUAUCGACAAAACUCCCGAAUACUGCGAUGACUACAGAGAUUUAUGCCAGACCUAUUCAGAGAUGGUAUUCCCUCCAAGACAUGGUCAAACAACAUUGCCGCCACCAACAACAACAACACAGCCAGCAACAACAAAUGCAACAACAACACCGCCAGAAUCAACAACAAUAGCAACAACAGCCGCGUUGCCACUGACAACAACAACAACACCGCCAGAAUCAACAACAAUAACAACAACAACAACCAAACUGCAAACAGCUACGACAAAAACAGCAGCAAUAUUCACAGCGAGUCCAAAUGGCGACAGGGGACAUCACAAGGGACAAAAAAGUGAUAGCCAAGAAACCUUGACCCUGAAGGUCUUUCUGAUGCUUUCUCUGAUAAUGAAUGUUGCCGUUCCGCUGCUUGUUUACUGGCACAUGCGUCGCCGGAGAGUACUGAUGAUGCAACAGAAUGGGAUGAAUGGAGCCCCGCUUCAGGCAGACACAGAGUCACAGUCAAACGUGAGUGUGGCGAAUACAACCGGAAAUGAGGAGGCCUUUUUAAUGCAGCCGUCCAGUCGCAGUUCACAGGCAUGACUGCAGCUGUGAAUGAGAACAACAGCUAUUUCUGCAUGCCUCUGUAUAUUCUUCACGCAUCACUGUUGUGGGAUGUAGCAGUAUUAGUGCCUCAGGACCCAAGAUGAGAGGGAUCAACUGAAAGACAAAGUUUCUCUUCAGAUGGGAGGCGAAGCGAGAGUUAACGUGCAGCGGCAUGAAAGUUCUCUCGGCUACACCGCAGUCCCAGCAAGUCUGAAAGAGAGUUUCACAAGGACUCCCUGAAAAAAAAUCAACUGGGUUCCUCCUCUGGGCUGUAUUUAAAAGAAUGUCUCAUUUUCUUCAGCGACGCCAGAGCAAACAGAAACCCGCAGGGUUGGUUGAAGCAGAGAUGAUGGUGUUUUAAUGAGGGAGGCGAGAGAGAAAGAGAGCAGCAGGACAAAAACAGUUUUUAACUUUUCAUGUCUAACCAUGACAACAUUUGUAUAAUGCGUUAGAAUGGAGGCCUAAGGAGAGCUUCUGCUGGGGUUUUGUUAUUAUUUGCAGCAUAAAAAGCCAAUGCAACACGACAUACAGGCCACACCGGCAUUUGGGAUUGUUCAUAGAGUGUAAAUGUGCUUGCAGUGCUUUGUGUUACCUCCAUUCACAUAGGAAUCGAAACACACUGGUAACAUCAGCUGAGCCCUUAGCUUCUAGCUUCACCUCCUCUGUCUUCUUAACGUUCUCUCCAAACUACUCCAAAUGUCCAAAUUCAACAUACAAAGCAUGGAUGUACAAAAUAACAGUGCAUGCUGGCUGCUCAGGAUGUAUUGUAUUCUAUUUCUUGUCGUGUGUUACAAUGUUUACUGUGUUGAAAAGUCAAUGGUGCAUCAGUGAAAUGAAAUUGGAAUAUUUGUGUUCUCACAGAGCCUUUUUUUAAGCUUUUUUUUUUACAAGGUAGCCAGCAUGCUAGUGCCACCUCUACUGCAAAAAUGUGAUCAAAAAUAGCUGUGAGUGAGUGUUCUGUAUAAGUUCUCCCCUGACAGGCUUCAGACAUAGAACUCCUACUGACCUUGUGUUGAAUACUGUGCAUAGCAGAAUGCUCUUAUGUGUGUCAUGUAGCUGGUGGACUUCUACAGUGUAGUCAUUCACCAGCCACAAUUGGUGUCAGUAGAAUCGGACCGCACAUGGUCAAAGCUGAUCUUUAACGUGGCUGGUCGGGUCUCUGCCGGCGCUCACGGCUUUGCAGCUGCAGCAGGUUCUGUAGAUUUCUGCCAGUGCUGGAAACUGAACCGAGGAUCCAGGGGGCAGGUUUAAUGGAGACCUUCUGAAAAGUAGGCGGUCAUGCACUGAAGCUGAUCCAUAAAGCUAGGAGAUGUUCGGCUGUUGUUUGACAAGUCUCGGCCAAUGGGAUGAAGACUCUUUACGAUAAGAAGACUUUUUAAGCACAAGAUGAGCUUUUUUUGUCGUGCCCUUUAUGAUAUCUAGAAUAUUGCAGCCUCCCCUGCAGCCCUGCCCUGCUUGUCUUACAUUUACCCUAUAUACAUGUUUUUACAGUCGCUCAGCGUAUUUAUUGUGCUUUUAACAGACUGAAUAGGAGCGUGUGCAUGUGUGUGCAUGUGUGUGCGUGUGUGUGCGUGUGUGUGUGUGUGUGUGUGUGUGUGUGUGUGUGUGUAUGUGUGUGUGUGUGUGUGUGUGUGUGUGUGUGUGCGCGCGCGCUUGGUUUCAAACAUGCAGCUAGGAUAGGAGUCCUUGUUUUGACACUCAGCGUUGUUAUUUUUUAAAGAAAAAUAAAUUUGUAAAAAAUGAAGAGAUGUAGCAUUCACUGUUCACUUGUUCAUUUGUGUGUGUUAACAUUCCAGGUGAAUGUUGGUGUAAAUGUCAGCAUGUGUUGGUGUCAGUCAGUUUAUCAUUGCUGUGGUGCCCAAAGUCAGACAUUUUAAAGCCCCGCCCAUAUAUUAAAGCAUAAUAUAACAAAUAAAGUCAUUCUGUUUGGA